AUGAAGCCACCGGCUAGUCAAAUAGUUUACUCGUGUGUUUUCGUGAUAAUCUCAUUUGGCUUUUUUCGCGCCCUUCAAUUCAUCGUCCGAUGGUAUUUAUUCGGCAAGUGGACAUGGCCUAACUUCAACUUUUUCGGACUUCGGCGGCGAAUUCGUCGGAAUCGUGGAGGAACGGAAGUCGUCGAAACGGGAACAACAACAGCUGAAACUGUGGAAGAAGCCGUAGUAGAGAAUGAGCAAGAACCGGACAGUAGAGAUCUGUCUGCAAUUCCACCGAACAAAAAAUGGCGUAUUUCAAAUGAAUUUAUUUCUUUGAUUCAUUCUGUUAUCUCUGGGUUAUGGGCCGCUUAUGCUCUCCUCUAUUACGAUAAACUCAUCAAAGAUCUUGUUGAGUUCCGGUGUGAAGCUGGUACUAACUUGAUUCUCAUGUCAACUGGAUACCUCCUUCAUGAUCUCAUCGAUCUUCUCAUCAACGAACAAUCUGCUAGAAUUAUCGAACUUCUCUUCCAUCAUGUCGUUGUCCUUUCAGCGUUCGCUGUUACUAUGUUUACCCAACGAUAUCUUGGCGUCGUCGUUUUUGGAUUGCUCAUGGAACUCAAUUCGAUCUUCUUACACUCGAGAAGUCUUCUGAAUCUCUAUGGUGUGGACAAGAAAAGCCCGUCAUUCCGCAUCGUGGCUCUUCUCAACAUGGUCACAUUAUUCGCUUUCCGGUUAUGUGUUUCUGCCUAUUUGCUCUAUUUCGUGAUUAUUUCAAUUCCGGACGUUCCAUGGUAUCAAUCACUCAUCAACGGAUUAGUAAUUCUAUCACUGGCGUCUACUAAUACAGUACUCACUUAUCGUCUGUUAGCUGCUGAUGGGCUUUUAGGUUCUCGACGCCAAAGACGAACACCUGCAGCCACAGGAGAAACCCAUGUUGAGACAAUCGAAAGUGGACCGCUGCGGACGCAACUUGAUGAGGAUCAUCACACAAUUGGAGUGCAAACAAUCACUGAAACUGUCGUUGAGGAUGCCACUCAAACUGUUUGA